CUCUGCUAUACCCUAGACAGCAGGCAAGAUGCGAUUCACAGUCGGUGCCACAGCAGUGUUCGCUGCCGCCAUUGCGCAUGCACAAGAAGAGGCCGAGGCCGCUCCAUCCUCCGUCUCUGUCUCAAAGCCUACCUUUACUCCUACCACAUUAAAAGCUCCCUUCCUCGAGCAGUUCACAGACGACUGGGAGAGCCGGUGGAAGCCUUCCUCGGCCAAGAAAGACACCAAGGGCGACGAUGAGGAGUGGGCAUACGUUGGCACCUGGUCCGUUGAGGAGCCUUCUGUCCUGAAGGGCAUUGAGGGCGACAAGGGACUGGUCAUCAAGGACAAGGCUGCCCACCACGCCAUCUCGUCCAAGUUUGCCAAGGCCGUCGACAACACGGACAACACCCUUGUUGUUCAGUACGAGGUCAAGCUCCAGAAUGGUUUGGAGUGCGGCGGUGCUUACAUGAAGCUCCUCCAGAACAAUGCCGGUCUUCACGCGGAGGAGUUCGCCAACAGCUCUCCCUACGUGAUCAUGUUCGGCCCUGACAAGUGCGGUGCCACGAACAAGGUCCACUUCAUCUUCCGCCACAAGAACCCCAAGACUGGCGAGUACGAGGAGAAGCACCUCAACACCCCUCCUACGGCCCGCAUCGUCAAGACGUCGACCCUCUACACCCUGGUCGUCAGGCCUGACCAGAGCUUCGAGAUCAAGAUUGACGGCGAGUCCACCCGCAACGGCACCCUCCUUGAGGACUUCACUCCUUCGGUCAACCCCGAGGCGGAGAUCGACGACGCUGAGGACAAGAAGCCCGAGGAAUGGGUUGACGAGGCCCGUAUCGCUGACCCAGAGGCUUCCAAGCCCGAGGACUGGGACGAUGACGCGCCAUUCGAGAUUGUCGACACCGAGGCUGAGAUGCCCGCAGACUGGCUCGAGGAUGAGCCCACCACGAUUCCCGACCCUGAGGCUGAGAAGCCAGAGGACUGGGAUGACGAGGAGGAUGGUGACUGGAUUCCCCCUACGGUCCCCAACCCCAAGUGCGACGAGGCCGCUGGCUGCGGCAAGUGGGAGGCUCCAAUGACCAAGAACCCUGCCUACAAGGGCAAGUGGACCGCUCCCUUCAUCGAUAACCCACUCUACAAGGGUGUCUGGGCUCCUCGCAAGAUCGCCAACCCCAACUACUUCGAGGACAAGACACCAGCCAACUUCGAGCCCAUCGGCGCUAUUGGUUUCGAACUCUGGUCCAUGCAAAACGACAUCCUCUUCGACAACAUCUACAUCGGCCACUCCGUUGAGGAUGCUGAGAAGCUCAGGCUCGAGUCUUUCGUCCCCAAGCACACCGCAGAGAAGGCCGACGAGGCGGCCAACAUGCCCAAGCCCAAGGAUACCCCCAAGUCGCUCCAGGACCUUGCCUUCAAGGACGACCCCGUUACCUACGUCAAGGAGAAGGUCUUGCUCUUCACUGAGAUUGCCAGGCGUGAUCCCGUUGAGGCUAUCAAGGCCGUUCCUGAGGUUGCUGGUGGUCUUGGUGCCCUCGCCGUCACCAUUCUUGCUCUUCUCAUCUCUGCUCUCGUUGGCUCUGGCGCCGCUCCCUCCAAGGAGCAGGUCAAGGCUAAGGCAGAGAAGGCGAAGAAGGCUUCUGUGGACGCUAAGAACCAGGUUGCGGAGGCUGUUGCCGUUGGAGCCGAGCAUGCUCAGGCUCAGGCUGAGGCCAACAAGCGCACUACACGCUCCACUGUCUCGUAGAUGUUCGUCGCGCAUCGAACGUGCGGGCAAAACGUGAGGAAAAACGGUGUUCGUCGAGGGUGAUUGUAUAUCCUUGGAUCUUGAAGUUCAGCGAGUAUUGUUCAUGGGUCAUGGCGCAUCGAUUGUAUACUAUAGUCUUCGUCUUCAGAGCGGAGUUACGAAUGCAUUGAGUUUGUGCUUGAACGCAAGCUAUACAAAGCUAUAUCUGAAUGUUGUUAAAGUGAUGUGUGAAGAAACCCAAGCACAAUCAUAGACUUAAGUU